CUCGCUUGUUGUGUGUUGCUAUUGAUUUGAUCAGCUGGAUACGGACGGCUCUGGUCAUGGACCCCGAGACGUAAUUUCGCCGUCGACGUCGUGGACAUUGAGCGUUUUGCGAUGAAUUGAGCACCGUUCCGGUGCAAACGAAGCAAUCGCGUUCGUCUGCAGACGAAAUUCAUUCACCGAGGCCAGUAAAGCAGAGAAUUUUUGAACCAUGGCGAGUGAUCGAUCCUCUUCGGGCCACCACGAGCCUCUCACGCCCUCGGCCUCCAACGAGAGCAGCAAGGCCCUUCUGACAACCCCGGGCACGCCUUUGAGUGCAGCCGAAGAGAAAAAAUUGAGACGAACAAGUCUUCAGGUCAUGCUAACGAAAGCAACGUCUGGUUCUACGGAAUCUUUGAACCAGACCAUACCAGCAGAAAUGGAUUUCUCUUCAGGAUCGAACAGUUUCCUCGACGCGAGCAACCUCAGCGUCAGAUCCGAGAAUGUUUCGCCGGAGAAGGCGAACGGAAGUAAAUUAGCCCGCAAAGAGUCCUACAAGGCGCAGAGGAAAAAUUAUCGCCAAGAGAAGAAAAGGGUGGCGAACGAGUUGCUGAGCACUUUGAAGGACCCUUCAGUCAUCAUUCUGGCCGACUGGCUCAAGGUCAGAGGCACCCUCAAGAGUUGGACCAAGCUGUGGUGUGUUCUCAAGCCGGGUCUGCUGCUCCUCUACAAGUCGCCAAAGACCAAAAGUAGUCACUGGGUCGGAACUGUCCUGUUGAGCAAUUGCAAUGUGAUCGAGAGACCUUCAAAGAAGGAUGGGUUUUGCUUUAAGUUGUUCCAUCCAAUGGAACAGUCCAUAUGGGCACCGAGAGGGCCAGAAAAGGAAUCUAUGGGUGCCGUCGUGUUGCCGUUGCCGACCGCCUACUUGAUUUUUCGUGCCAACUCGCAAGCGGCCGGCAAGUGCUGGAUGGACGCCCUCGAGCUCGGUCUUCGCUGCUCCUCUCUGCUCAUCCGCACCUCGUCCGGCCGCGACUCGACGCCCCAGGCGCCCGAACACCACUGGGAAUUCGAACACCACUUUGCCGACCAAGAGUCCAGCACCAUGGACACCAUGAAGGGCGACCAGCACUCGGUGUCCGAGUCGGAGACAGACUCGGACGGAGGCAAACACGACGACGGGCUGCUCGACGACCCUGACUGGGAACCCGAAAAGACGCCCUACAUCGAAAACGAAGAGGAAGAGUUUGGCUCGGCUGGCGAGCAAACUGAAGAGUUGGCCGAGGAGAACAAGUCACUAAUUUGGUUCCUGAUGAAGCAAGUCCGCCCUGGCAUGGACCUGUCCAAAGUCGUCCUCCCAACCUUCAUUCUCGAACCAAGGUCCUUCCUCGACAAACUUAGCGACUCCUACUACCACGUGGACCUUCUCUCUCAAGCUGUUGUUGAGGAAGACGCGUUCACGAGGAUGAAAUUGGUCGUCCGGUGGUACCUUUCUGGUUUUUACAAGAAACCCAAGGGGUUGAAGAAGCCGUACAAUCCCGUCCUAGGAGAAAGUUUCAGAUGCUGCUGGAACCAUCCAAAUGGCUCCAAAACCUACUAUUUGGCAGAACAGGUGUCUCAUCAUCCACCUGUGUCCGCCUUUUACGUAACGAACCGGCAAGAGGGUUUCUGCAUCACAGCGUCCAUCCUCGCUAAGUCAAAGUUCUACGGCAACUCGACGUCUGCCAUUCUCGACGGCACCGCCAUCCUCACAUUGUUGCCUCGCGGCGAGGACUACACAAUCACAAUCCCCUACGCCCACUGCAAGGGCAUCCUGAUGGGCACCCUGACCAUGGAGUACGGCGGCAAAGUGGCCAUCGAGUGCGAGAAGACGGGUUACAAAACGGAAAUUGAGUUCAAGCUGAAACCGCUCAUCAGAAAUAUGGAGCCUAACUUGAUAUCAGGGAGAUUAAAGCUCGGGAAAGAGACUUUUGCCACUAUCGACGGUUUCUGGGAUGGAGAGAUUACGAUCAAAGACAGGAGAACUGGGGAGGAACAAAUUUUCUGGAGCCCAACACCAGAAAUGAAAGCUAAAAGGCUCAAAAGAUGCACUGUCCCUCUGACGCAUCAGGGCGAGUUUGAGUCUGAACGACUUUGGCAGCACGUUUCGGCCGCAAUCAGAAGAGACGAUCAGGUGGCAGCAACAGAGGAGAAAACUGUUUUGGAGGAGGCGCAGCGGGCGUCAGUCAAAGAGCGCAAGGCCAAAUGCGAAGAUUGGACGCCAAAAUACUUUGAACAAGACUUGAUCAGCGGGCAGUGGGUUUACCGGCACUCGGACUUGCGGCCGUGGGACACGCGCAACGACGUGUUCCAGUACGAGUGCGACUACGUCAUCCAGACAAAGACCAGGCACAAGACGCCGAUGAUCCGUACCUCUAGCAUAGUCAGUGUGGAGCCGUCUAGUGGUAUUCCCCUUCUGUCAGCCGACGUGAGGGACGCUGUGAGGAGGAGGGCAGGGGACAGCAUCAGCACCAGCAACGAAGAUAAUCAUAGCGAUUCUAGCGGGUCGGAGGGAGGAAUGAGGCUCCGACAAGAAAAAAUUCGGGAGGCGUUGAAACCGUUGGAGGUAAUGGUCUCUCAACAAGCAGAGCAUUUAAAACGUCUGGACACCAAACUGGACAAGAUUGGUGUGGUCAUGUCCAAGCGGCAGCAGCAAAACGGCAGUGGCGUCGCUCAGAUUGCCGCUUGCAUCUUUCUGGCCGGCCUUGUGCACGCGCUUUUCGCUUGGCUGCUGUUCUACCGAAACAAGUGAAGGAAUCUCGCUGCAAUAUUUACAAGAAGAGCUUCAUCUGAUUUCAAUCCUGCCAUAUUAAUGAUUACUAGUUACUUUGCCGUACGUGUUUUAGACUUCUUUUCCGCAUGGUUACGUUUUAUCGCAAGCGUGAGAGUUUUACAACACAUUCCUGGUUGAUUUGUUUUUGGAACUUUUUAUAUAAAUGCAGGUCACUUUUUAUUCAACGUUGAAUCUCACUUUUUAGAAGAGGAAGGAAAAAAUUAUGUGAUAGAAUCGGCAAAGCACUCAGUUUGGCCUGCUGGAAUCGCAAACACUAAUUCAUUUUUUUUAGUUCUAUACACUUUUUGUAUGCUUUGUUAGAAAUGUGUGAACAAUCAAUUUUUAUAAGCAGUGCAUUUUUAAACUCGUAGUCGGACAAAUUAGGCGCAGUUGUUGUUUUGGAGUUUUUAUUAACAAAAAAUGGAGGAUUUUUAAAUCACUCGGCUUGUUCUCCUGAGCUCGCAAAAUCCUCAAUCAGACUCAAAGUCAAUUAAAUCAUUUAAAAAAGAAAAAAACAAUUAAGUCUCAGGAGAAGUAAAAUAUACAAAGAAGUUAUCUUGCUUGUAUCUCUGUGUUCCCCUUCGGAAAUAAUAUUAUCUUUAAAAUUUCAAAUUGUACUAAUGCGACCACACAACAGUCUGAAACUGCUACUACUGAUAUUUAGAAGCCACAAAUCUGAGUAAAUGGCGGCUUGAAUUUCUCCCUAAGAAGCAACUUUCUUGAAAUAAUAAUAUAAAAAUUAAUACUUUGUACCACACACCAAGAAUAUAGUAGCCAAAAGAGAGAAUUCGAAUGGGAACUUAACAUUGGAAUUGAUGAAAGAGAGAUUAUAUUGUGAAAAGAACCAGUUUGAAUGUUAGUUUUGGAAUUGUUCUGAUCUAAUUUAAAACCCUGAGAGAACGUGGUCACCUUAUUGUUUUGUGAGUGAUGAAAAAUGCAAUUACUUGCAGUGCAUAUAUUAUUGGUUAUGUAGGAAUUAAUAACUCAAAUCUCUCUCUCUGUGGUAGAUUUAUUGCUAUUUAACUUGAAAAGCGUCACUGUAUACCUAAAUUAUUAUAUAUACCUUGUUAUCUGUCCCUGUUGUUAGUUAAAACUGCUGUACAAGAAGUUGAAAAAUAUAAUUCUCCACC